GGACAAACAGGAAGUUGAGUGGGUGACUUUACACAGGAAGUGGACCACGUCACUAUGGCGAGCAGAAAGACCUCAGAGCCGAGCAGGGACAGACAAGACAGAUACUCUGUGUUAUUGCCGACGUACAACGAGCGGGAGAACCUUCCUCUGAUCGUGUGGCUGCUGGUGAAGUGUUUCACUGAGAGUGGAUAUGACUAUGAGAUCAUAGUGAUUGAUGACGGAAGCCCAGAUGGAACACUGGAGGUGGCAGAGCAGCUGCAGAAGAUAUAUGGAGAGGACAGGAUAGUCCUACGACCUAGAGCGAAGAAAUUAGGCCUCGGCACUGCCUACAUCCAUGGCAUGAAGCACGCAACUGGGAACUUCAUCUUUAUAAUGGAUGCAGAUCUCUCCCAUCAUCCCAAAUUUAUUCCAGAAUUUAUUGAAAAGCAGAAGGAGGGUAAUUAUGACCUGGUUUCUGGUACUCGUUACCGAGGCAAUGGUGGCGUAUACGGCUGGGACUUGCGCAGGAAACUAAUCAGCCGAGGAGCCAACUUUUUGACGCAAGUGUUGCUGAGACCCGAUGCUUCAGACCUCACAGGCAGCUUCAGGCUGUACAAGAAGAACGUGCUGGAGAACCUGGUUGAGCGGUGCGUGUCCAAAGGUUACGUCUUUCAGAUGGAGAUGAUCGUCCGCGCCAGACAGCUCAACUACACAAUCGGAGAGGUGCCCAUCUCCUUUGUGGAUCGAGUUUAUGGAGAGUCCAAACUGGGAGGGAACGAGAUUGUGUCCUUUGUGAAAGGACUGCUCACACUCUUUGCCACAACAUGAUGAUCAGUGACGUCUCGUGUGAAGUGUGGAUAUCCCAUGAUGCUUUCUUACAUACUGUGCACAGUAGUUAUGUCAGAAUUGUAAUGAGGGGAGAAAAACAAGCUCCACUUGCCUAAUGUUCAGAAGUUACAUGAUGUUAGACGACAUGGAGACAUGUCUGUCCCCUGUUAGCUGUAAAUAUAAAGUAAUUCCUUGUCAGUAGCUGUCCAGAGUACUGAAGGAACAUAGUGCUUUACAUUCCCAUCAUCCUCUUUAAUGAAUGGUGAGCAAAGCACAGUUUCUCGUCAUUUCCAGUCAAGACAGUGGACUCCACGCUGUUUACAGUGAACUGCUCCACCUGUCAUUGUGUCUAUCCAAUUAAACAGUUUGUAUCGUU